AAAAACCCCACAGGUGCUGCCUGCUAAACUAUAGAAAAGUAAACGCAAGAAUAAAGAACAUUGCAAAACUUAUCCUCCAAUCCACCGUCUUGAAAACCCCCGAGAAGAAGACGAAGCUCAACAAUGGCUUCCGUUAACCACUUGAAAGGCUAUGAGAAAAUAAGUCAAAGCCACCUCGAACAUCAAUACCCUCACCCAAAAACCUCCCCACGGCGUUCCUCAACCGCCGUCAUCAUCAUCGUCUCUGCUGUUCUCAUCUUCACUUUUGUCACCGCCUGGACCCUUGCUGCUUCGAAGCUGGAAGACAAAAACCCCACCGGCUCAGCUGACUCAAUCAGCACCAUCUGCAACGUGACCCGCUACCCCGAGUCGUGCUUCGCCGCUCUUUCUCCUCUCAACGCCUCCAAAAGCCCCGACCCAGAAGCCUUCCUCCACCUCUCCCUCCGAGUGUCCAUCACCCAUCUCUCGAAUCUCUCUUCCUCGUUCAGCUCCCUCAACGAUCUCCACUCUCAGCCCGCUUUGAAAGACUGCUUGACCCUGUUCGAUGACGCCAUCAAUCGACUCAACGACUCAGUCUCUGCAAUGAAAUCUCAGUUGACCAUGGAGAAGAUCAGUGAUAUCCAGACUUGGAUCAGUUCUGCUAUGACCGAUCAGGACACGUGUAAUGAUGGGCUGGAAGAGACCGGAUGGACGGCUGGUGAAGAAAUCAAAUCCCAAGCUCGAACCUUUAAAGAAUCUCUUAGUAAUAGUUUGGCCAUUGUUGCUAAUAUGCAAAAUCUUGUACAGAAAUUUGGUCUCACCAUGCACUGAAAUUGCUAAAUGGGUAAUUUUUGUUUUAAAGUUGAAAGAUUUUAUUGCAAAUCUUAUCUUCCUGCUAGUGCUCUACUGAUUGCAUACAUAGAAAAGAUGAAUUCUACUGAUUCAAUCUUGAAGGAAA